GUAGGUCGUACAAUUAAAACAAACAAAAAAAGUAUACUUAUCUGUUGAAAUUUAAUUAACUUUUUUCUUUUUAAAAACAAUGCUUUUUUUAAAUAUCUUGAAUUUGUAAAAAAAUAAAAUUACUUUUCACUAAUGAAGGGUUCGGUGAAUGUGCAUUUUAACAGGUUGGGUUCGGUACCUCUAAGAAGGUUAAGAACCACUGCUCUUGAACAUUCAUGGAACGUUUUAACAUUUUAUUGAAUUUGAAUAUUAAAAAGUAAUAUCUUCAUGAGGAUUUCCCCAACCUUUGUGAUGAAAAGGGUUCACCUGCUUUUGCACGAUUCACGUGAACUCUAGAUUUAAAAAACUCCUGUGGAUGGGUAACUUGGAUGUAUUGGUGAGGAAAGACGACAAUAUGAUAAUAAUAUCUCCAACUAGUCAUGGCUUUAUGGACAGUAUAAUGUUGAAAUUAUUAUUAUUUAGUAAAAUAAUCUGUUUCAGUUUGACAUCUAUCUUCUUAACGGACAAGAACUUUAGGUGUAAACAAUAAUGCCAGAUAUCAUGUUGUAUGGUGGAUGAUGAUAAAUUCGAUUGAAGUCAUUGCUAGAGUAUUGUCAAUUAUGGGACUUGCAAAAACAGCAUGAUUUGAUUCUCAGUAAUUUGAGAUUAAAGGAAGUGCUGUUUUAAUAUCUGGAUUUCCUGUGUGUGUGUGUGUGUGUGUGUGUGUGUGUGUGUGUGUGUGUGUGUGCGUGUGUGUGCGUGUGUGUGUGUAAGUGUAUGUUGAGGUGUGUGUGUGUAUGUUGAGGGGUGUGUCUGGGUAUAAGAGGUGGUCCCCCUGCCGUCCCUGUCAAAUCAUGCAUCAACUGUCAAGGCAUCAGAGGGUGACUGCGUUUGUGUGGUGAUAAUGGCUUUGUUCUUGGAUGCAGACUUCUCAUUAGUAAAGCAGAAUCAACAGGCAGAUGCGCUGGCUUUGACGGGGUUAUUUGGGGAACAGGAACACAGUAAAGGUGUGCACAAUGAGAGUGCCCCAUCUUCCACAGAGCCGGACCAAGGUGCCUGUCUGAGCGAGGGUCCGAGAAAGAGGAAGCGGACCAUCUUUAGCCGGGCUCAGCUGUCUGAGCUGGAGCAAGCCUUUGCUGUCACUCCCUACCCGGACAUCACCCUCAGGGAGAGACUGGCCGUGCACACGCACUUGCCCGAGAGUAAGAUUCAGGUGUGGUUUCAAAACCGAAGAGCCCGAAGUAUCAAGAGUGGGAGACUGCCCAAGUCCACCAAACACUUUGUGGCAAGUCGGAGGCUCGCAGAACCCACCUCUGGACUGGUGACCUCGGCUUUCCCUUCUCCGACCAUGGCAGACAUACUCAGACCGGAGCAAAAUCAAACCUGUGACGACAUCCCACAAUUCUACUCUGACUGGAUUCAACUUUACAACAACCAGUCUACGCCAUCCACUUCAUCGCAACACACGCAGCCCGCCCUCGGCUCCCCGAGGCGUUCGGAGUCUCGUCUCCGGGAGGAGGAGCGACAUCAGCGGCCACAACUGGGAUCGACCCUCCCGACUUUCCUACCUGGUGCGUUUUCACAUCCCAUCACCAGGCAGCGACACCAUUCUGCAUCUAACUACUCCUACCAGGCCCUCAGGAACUUCAAAGCCCAGAGCCUGGUUCAGUCUGGGGGUCCUCAGGCUCUAUACGGGGGCGGAGCCGGAGGCCACGUUUCUGUCGACCAAGUCGUUCCUUCUCACUCUCAGCCAGCGUACUGGGAGGUAACUCAGGGACAAGGACAUCACCACCACCAUCAUCAUCAUCACACACAAAUGGGACCGCAGACCUCGAUGGGUUACAUCUCAGACCUGAUCUACAAUGCUGCUAUUGUCACCAACUUCCUAGAGUUCUGAUGACGUGAACAACAAAAUUUAUUUCCCUUUCAUAUGUCCAAAUACACAAACUCCACUUGUUUCAUCAAACUGAAAUAAUCUCUAACUUGGUGUCUGGUGUUCUUGCUCUGCCCUUGUGUGAAUGCUCUAAUUGUCUUUUUAGAUGUACAGUAGUUUGGUUUGAUUUUUACAAGAAUAAAAUAGGUUAGCAAAUGUCAAGUAAUGAGUUAACACCGCACUAAUGCUCAACUUGAUGGAAUUUCAAGUGGGCAAAUAAUUAUGGUAAAUUCAACUGUAAAUACUUCAUCAGAUGAUCGUGCAACCUGCAAAAUUCAUCAUAAUUCAUUGAGUAUCUUUGGGUGACUUUCAAGUUGUUUCAACACAUUUUCCCAAGAAACAGAAGUGAAUUAAACCCCAUGUAGUGACGUUUGGAGGAGCAGUUUAUCAUUGUAAAUGAUAAGAGUCAUAUACAGAGGAGUUAAGCACUGCAAAAACACGAAAUACAACAAAAAUAAAGGAAAACUACUAUUUUUCUUGAAACUCGUCUGUUUGUGCUGUGCAUACGUGUGAUGUCGUAUGUUCUCAACACCGAUUGGGUGUUGCUGCUGCCAACGGAUGGACUGGAUCGGUCUGAAAUAAUGAUGACUGACAGACCCUCGAGCCCACCUCCGAGUGUUUGGUACUGCUGGAAUGAAUUUGUUGUGUGGUAUUUAACAUGAAUAUUUAAAUGUUGCCUCUGACUCAGAAAAUCAAUUUGAUAUCAAUAUAAUGGUGUACAGUAUCUCAUAGUGUACUAAACAAUAAUAAUAAAAAAAUGACUACAGUAUGCUGCAGUAUGUUCCAGUUUGAGUUCGAUGGUUGUCAUGCAUUGCCUGAUCGCUCUGGUGGCAUCACCCCAAAAAAACAACAAAAAAAAGCCAAAGGAAA